AUGUUGAGGAAUUCGCUCUGCAGGGCCAGCUCCCAGCUGCUCCGCGGUGCCAGAUGCCCGGCCGUCUCGUCAAAACGCACCCUCGCGACCACGUCGGCCAGCACCUCGUCAUGGAAGCUCGCCGCCGCCCGCAGGCCCUUGGCCGUCUGCGCCGCCCGUUCCUACGCGACGAGCGCGACGCAUUCGCCCCCCGACCCCAGCGACAACUUCCUCUCUGGCAGCACCGCCAACUACAUUGACGAGAUGUACAUGCAGUGGAAGGAGGACCCCAAGAGCGUCCACGUCUCGUGGCAGGUCUACUUCAAGAACAUGGAGAGUGGCGACAUGCCCAUCUCCCAGGCCUUCCAGCCGCCCCCGAACCUGGUUCCCAACAUGACCGGCGGCGUCCCUCGUCUCGGCGGCGGCCUGGCUCUCGAGGACGGCUCCGACGUCACCAACCAUCUCAAGGUCCAGCUGCUCGUCCGCGCCUACCAGGCCCGCGGCCACCACAAGGCCAACAUCGACCCCCUUGGCAUCCGCAACACCGCCGCUGGCUUCGGCAACAUCAAGCCCAAGGAGCUGACCCUUGAGCACUACGGCUUCGGCGAGAAGGACCUCGACACCGAGUAUACCCUCGGACCCGGCAUCCUGCCGCGCUUCAAGAAGGAUGGCCGCGAAAAGAUGACGCUGCGCGAGAUCGUGGCUGCCUGCGAGAAGAUCUAUGCCGGCGCCUACGGCGUCGAGUUCAUCCACAUUCCUGAUCGCGAAAAGUGCGACUGGCUGCGCGAGCGCCUCGAGGUGCCCCAGCCCUUCAAGUACUCCAUUGAUGAGAAGCGCCGGAUCCUCGACCGCCUCAUCUGGAGCUCCAGCUUCGAGUCUUUCCUCGCCACGAAAUACCCCAACGACAAGCGUUUCGGUCUCGAGGGCUGCGAGACCCUGGUUCCCGGCAUGAAGGCCCUCAUCGAUCGCAGUGUCGACUACGGCGUCAAGGACAUUGUCAUCGGCAUGCCCCAUCGUGGUAGACUCAACGUCCUCUCCAACGUCGUGCGAAAGCCCAAUGAGUCAAUUUUCUCCGAGUUUGCCGGCACUGGCGGUGCCGAAGAUGAGGGCUCUGGUGACGUGAAGUACCAUCUGGGCAUGAACUUUGAGCGCCCGACGCCCUCGGGCAAGCGCGUGCAGCUUUCUCUCGUCGCCAACCCGUCGCAUCUGGAGGCCGAGGACCCGGUUGUGCUCGGUAAGACCCGUGCCAUCCAGCACUACAACAACGACGAGAAGACGCACCGCACUGCCAUGAGCGUGCUGCUCCACGGUGAUGCCGCCUUCGCCGCCCAGGGUGUCGUCUACGAAUGUCUCGGAUUCCACUCGCUCCCUGCCUUCUCCACGGGUGGCACCAUCCACCUGGUUGUCAACAACCAGAUUGGCUUCACCACGGACCCUCGCUUCGCUCGCUCCACGGCUUACUGCACGGACAUCGCCAAGGCCAUUGACGCGCCCGUCUUCCACGUUAACGCUGACGACGUCGAGGCUGUCAACUUCGUCUGCCAGCUUGCCGCUGAUUGGCGCGCCGAGUUUCAGCACGAUGUCGUCAUCGACCUCAUCUGCUACCGCAAGCACGGCCACAACGAGACGGACCAGCCGUCGUUCACGCAGCCGCUCAUGUACAAGCGCAUCAACUCCAAGGAACCCCAGAUCGAUGUCUACGUCAACAAGCUGCUCCAGGAUGGCACCUUCACCAAGGAGGACAUUGAGGAGCACAAGCAGUGGGUCUGGGGCAUGCUGGAGGAGAGCUUCGACAAGUCCAAGGACUACCAGCCCACUUCCAAGGAGUGGACCACGUCGGCCUGGAACGGCUUCAAGUCCCCCAAGGAGCUCGCCACCGAGGUCCUGCCGCACAACUCGACGGCUGUCGACCAGAAGACGCUGGACCACGUUGGGGAGAUCAUCGGCUCUGCUCCCGAGGGCUUCCACAUCCACCGCAACCUGAAGCGCAUUCUCAACAACCGCACCAAGUCGGUUGUCGAGGGCAAGAACAUCGACUUCCCGACUGCUGAGGCCCUCGCUUUCGGCACCCUGGUGACCGAGGGUUACCACGUCCGUGUUUCCGGCCAGGACGUCGAGCGUGGCACCUUCUCCCAGCGCCACGCCGUCUUCCACGACCAGGAGACCGAGGAGACGUACACUCCCCUGCAGCAUAUCAGCAAGGACCAGGGCAAGUUUGUCAUUUCCAACUCUUCCCUGAGCGAGUUUGGUGCUCUUGGCUUCGAGUACGGUUACUCCCUGUCGUCCCCCAACGCGCUCGUCAUGUGGGAGGCCCAGUUUGGUGACUUCGCCAACAACGCGCAAUGCAUCAUCGACCAGUUCAUCGCCUCGGGCGAGGUCAAGUGGAUGCAGCGAACCGGUCUCGUCAUGUCACUGCCUCACGGCUACGACGGUCAGGGCCCGGAGCACUCCUCUGGUCGCCUGGAGCGAUACCUGCAACUUUGCAACGAGGACCCGCGCGUCUUCCCGUCUCCUGAGAAGCUUGCCCGCCAGCACCAGGACUGCAACAUGCAGAUCGCCUACAUGACGACCCCUGCCAACCUGUUCCACGUGCUGCGCCGCCAGAUGCAGCGCCAGUUCCGCAAGCCUCUGGUCAUCUUCUUCUCAAAAUCCCUCCUGCGUCAUCCUCUGGCUCGCUCCAGCAUCGAAGAGUUCAACGGAGAGAACGCUGCCUUCCAGUGGAUCAUUCCCGACCCCGAGCACGAGACCGGCGCCAUCAAGGCGCCCGAGGAGAUUGAGCGCGUCAUCCUCUGCAGUGGCCAGGUCUGGGCCGCCCUGCACAAGCACCGCGCGGACAACAAGAUCGACAACGUCGCCUUCACCCGCAUCGAGCAGCUGAACCCCUUCCCUUGGCAGCAGCUCAAGGAGAACCUCGACAUGUACCCCAAUGCCAAGACCAUCGUCUGGUGCCAGGAGGAGCCUCUUAACGCCGGCGCCUGGAGCUUCACGCAGCCGCGCAUCGAGACGCUGCUGAACCAGACCAAGUACCACGACCGCAAGCACGUCAUGUAUGCCGGCCGCAACCCCAGCGCGUCGGUCGCCACGGGCAUGAAGCGCGUCCACCAAGGAGAGGAGCAGGACUUCCUGCAGAUGGCCUUCACCGUCAAGCAGGACAAGCUCAAGGGCGAACAGUCACAGACGGAGAGGUUGGCGAGGAAGAUGGCCAAGAUCGAGUUCUACUAG